AUGGUUAUUGUAGCCGCGCUUGGGCGUUUGUUUGUCUUCUACCACAAUGACACAACAAGGCUCGGAACACGGUGUCCCACAAGAUGUUAUUCCUCCCGCUACAAGGCGAUCCCCCGAAAGCGUGAAUCAGUAACACCGUCCAAAACGCUGUUGAAUCUCAAGUUAGAACCUACUACUACUCCGACCCCUACUCGACGACGUCCCCGAAUAUUGGAGCCUGAAGACGAUGAAAGCUUGCCGUCGUCAAAGCCCAAAGGGUCACCAUCUAAGAAGCAGAGACAAGGCUAUGCACCUCCGGAGAAAUAUGCUCAUCUAGAUAAGUUGACGGAUAGACUACAAGGCGGGCUAGAUGUGUUGUUCUGUGGGAUCAAUCCCGGAGUCAAGUCGGCAGAAAUCGGGCUUCAUUUCGGCCAUCGUAACAAUCGGUUCUGGCGUUGUUUACACCAGUCAGGCUUCACCCCGACCACUUUGCCUCCCUCUGCGGGGCCUUCUCUCCCCGAGCAAUCCAACAUUGGUUUAACAGAUCUGGUUGAGAGGCCGACAUCCAAGGAGGAUGAACUGUCCCGAGACGAGAAGAUAGCAGCCGUCCCUUCUUUCCUAAACAAGAUCGCUCUAUUCCGACCACGGAUAGUCUGUUUCAUCGGGUUGGAGAUUGCUAGGAUAGUGCGAAAACGUGCCAUUCCGGGCUAUACUUGUCCAAGCAGACCUAGCAGCCCGACGAAACGGUCGGGUAGCUUGAAGGCUCAGGUCAACAGGAUGAAACCCCUGCCACCAGACGGGGUUAAUAUUCAAACUGGUUCAUUCUGACGAUGAUCCAUGCACUUCAGUGGGGAGCUCCUUGGCAGAAGUUCCAGACCCUGCGCCUCACGGUGUAAAGGAAACCUUGUUUUUCGCUUUACCCAGUACUUCCGGCCUUUCAACCACAUAUCAGCUGUCCGAACUGGUUUCUUUCUUUACUCAGGUCAAGCAGUUGCGGGAUGAACUAAAGCAAGGUAAUUUGAGAACUGACGAUAUACCCACUAUCCGACUACCCUUGCAUGAGUAGCAUUUGUUUCUCUCUUGUCUAUAAUACGGACCACGCCAUUGUGGCUGAGUAGGAUUAUGAUAUUCAACGAGCUCAACUCGAACCCUUAAGACGAAGAAGCCCGAAUAGCCUGC